GGUAACAUUGGUGGUGGUUUAACCUACAGCUGAUGACAUUUUGUCCUUGCAUUGCACAAAUUUUCACUUUUUUUUUCAGUUAUCAAGAUACUUUCGAAGAAAGAAGUGGUCGAUAUCACGUCGUGGUUAAUUAAUUUCUCUGUCAAGUUCUUCUAACAAACACUGAUUAAAAAUGGCAACGGGUCCUGCAAAUAUUGGAAUCAAUGGUUUCGGCCGUAUUGGACGUUUGGUAUUGAGAGCAGUUAUCGAAAAAGGAGGCCGAGUAUGCGCCAUUAAUGAUCCAUUCCUCAAUGUCGAAUACAUGGUUUACUUAUUCAAACACGAUUCUACACACGGUAACUUCAAAGGAGAAGUUAAAGCCGAAGGUGGAUCUUUAGUCAUCAACGGUUGUAAAAUCACCGUUUUCACCGAAAGGGACCCUAAAGCUAUCCCAUGGGGUAGUGUAGGUGCUUCUUACGUUGUUGAAUCGACCGGUGUGUUCACCACCAUCGAGAAAGCCUCUGCUCAUUUAGAAGGUGGAGCUAAGAAAGUCAUCAUCUCAGCACCCAGUGCUGAUGCUCCGAUGUACGUCUGCGGUGUCAACUUGGACGCUUACGAUCCAUCUGCCAAAGUCGUCUCGAACGCCUCCUGUACCACCAACUGUCUAGCUCCUUUGGCUAAAGUCAUCAACGAUAAAUUCGGUAUCGUUGAAGGUUUAAUGACCACCGUACACGCCACCACAGCUACCCAAAAAACCGUCGACGGACCGUCCGGAAAAUUAUGGCGUGACGGACGUGGUGCCGCUCAAAACAUCAUCCCUGCUUCGACUGGCGCAGCCAAAGCUGUCGGUAAAGUAAUUCCAGCUUUAAAUGGUAAAUUAACCGGUAUGGCAUUCCGUGUACCUGUACCCGAUGUUUCCGUUGUUGAUUUAACAUGCAGACUGGAAAAAGAUGCCAGCUACGAUGAAAUUAAGAAAGCCGUCAAAGAAGCAGCCGAAGGCCCGUUAAAAGGUAUCUUGGGAUACACCGAAGAACAAGUCGUAUCGUCUGAUUUCAUCGGAAGCAAUUUAUCGUCGGUGUUCGACGCCGAAGCCGGUAUCUCUUUGAAUUCGAAAUUCGUGAAAUUGAUUUCAUGGUACGAUAACGAAUAUGGAUACUCCAACCGUGUCGUAGACCUCAUUGCGUACAUGCAAUCCAAAGAUCAAUAAUAAUUGCAAAGAGCACUUUGAAACGAAUAUACACUCUGCUUACCUAUGUUUUACCGCUUGCGCUUCUAGUGAUUAUUUACUACCUGUUUAUUUUUUGUCGUUCUCGUAAUGAAUUUUUUACAUCAUUAUUUAAUACUUCAGCAAAGAUUAUUAAAUUCGAAGUUCCAUUAUGUAAAUUAAUUUUAAAAAAAAAAUCAUCCGUUAAUCGUGCUGAUUCGUGUAUUAUUUGCUUCGUGAGAUAAAAAAUAUAAGCGAUAAUUCCUAUA